AUACAGAAACAAGGAAGUAGAAACAGGGAAGUAGAGUGGGGUGACGAUGAGGCUUGGGUUCGGGCCAGUCAGCCCCAACCAGCGUCUUAUGUCUUAUCAGCAUCGAGGCUGUUUGUGACUGAUUACUCAACCCCAACCUGGCAGGUGGUCGGGAACAAUUGCAGUUAGCACACCCUGGAGCAUUCCGAGUCUCUUAACAGUGACUUCUGAUGUCCCAGCAAAUGGCAUCAUCCAUUACAGUGCUGAGAAGGUACUCCCGAGGACCCAGCAGCGACACGGCUAAGGCAGGCGUGUUUCGAGCUCUUCUGGGUAGGCCGUGAACAGGAGUGAUGCCUCCAGGCAGGUGGUGCACUGUCCAUCCAGCUCAGGCCCAGUCUUCAAGGGAGCGAGGACGCCUGCAAAUGGUAAAGAAGGAAGAAGAGGAUGAAGGCUACACUUCAGUGCAGGCUGCCAGGCCACAGACUCUCAACCGUCCUGGCCAGGAGCUGUUCCGCCAGCUCUUCAGGCAGCUUCGCUACCAUGAGUCAUCUGGGCCCCUAGAAACUCUGAGCCGGCUCCGGGAGCUCUGCCGCUGGUGGCUGAGGCCUGACGUUCUCUCCAAGGCACAGAUCCUGGAGCUGCUGGUGCUGGAGCAGUUCCUGAGCAUUUUGCCUGGGGAACUCCGGACCUGGGUGCAGCUCCAUCACCCUGAAAGUGGUGAGAAGGCUGUGGCCUUGCUGGAGGAGCUGCACAGGGACCUUGAUAUGACACCAUGGAUGGACCCAGGCUCUGCCCAGAGCCCAGAUGUGCACUGGAUGGGUACAGGAGCCCUGCGAUCUGCACAGAUAUGGCCCCCUGCUUCACCCCUCAGGAACGGCUCUGCUUUGGGGGACCACCUGCAGCCUCCCUGUGAAAUAGGAGCAUGUGACUUCCUGCUUGGGCAAUCCGAUCCUCCUGCUGCGCAGGUUCCUGCCUUUUCCCAGAGAGAGGGGUGCCCAGGAGACCGGGUAGUGGUAACCAGGUCCCUGACAGCCCAGCCCCAGAAGGCUAUGACUUUCAAGGAUGUGGAGGUGACCUUCUCCCAGGAUGAGUGGGGAUGGCUGGACUCGGCUCAGAGGAACCUGUACAGGGAUGUGAUGCUGGAGAAUUAUAGAAAUAUGGUUUCUCUGGUGGGGCCAUUCACCAAACCUGGUCUGAUCUCCUGGUUGGAAGCAAGGGAGCCGUGGGGCCUGAAUAUCCAAGCAAUUCAGCCUAAGGGGAAUCCAGGUGCUCCCCCUACGGGUAAGCUCCAGAUUAAAACAAACAAGUUCUUCUUAAAUCCGGAACCUUUGGAAGAAGCAGAUAUCCCAGCUGUGCCAUCAGAAUGUCUUGCAACAAGUGUUUCUCAGGGAACAGUGCUCAGCAGAUCUUUUGAACCAAAGAGCAGGUUCAAGGAUCAAUGUGGAACUCCCAUACAAGUGAGAGUUAAGAAAGAAGAGACCAACUUCAGUCACAGGACAAGAAUAGAUUCUGAAGUAUCAGGAAGAAGUAAUAGCCUUGGCCUAAAACAUGUUACAUAUUUGAGAGUUUCUGAGAGAAAGCUAUCCCUUAAACAUGGCUAUGGCAGACACUUCAGCAUAAUGAGUUCACACCACUUUGACUACAUAAGAUAUGGGAACAGGCUCAGAUACAUGAUUGGGGGCUUUAACCUACUUCAGAGAAUUCAUACUAGACUGAAAGGGAACAAAAAGGAUGUGUGUGGAAAAGACUUCAGCCUUAGCUCUCAUUAUCAACAUGGGCAGAACCUUCCCAUGGGGAAAGUGGGGGCAUCGUAUAAGUGCAGUGAGUGUGGGAGGAUUUUUAGUCGUAGAUCCCAUCUUGCAUGUCAUCAGAAACUUCAUACUCAAGAGAAAGCAUUUAAAUGUAGGGUGUGUGGGAAAGCCUUUAGGUGGAGCUCCAACUGUGUGCGACACGAGAAAAUUCACACUAGGGUGAAACCUUAUAAGUGCAGUCUAUGUGAGAAAGCUUUCCGACGUAUGUCAGCCUACCGUCUGCACCAGGAAACCCAUGCUAAGCAGAAAUUUCUUGAAUCAAAUCAAUAUGGGCAAGUGCUUGCCUAUAGUUCAGGAUUUGAUCAUUUGAGAGACCAAAAUGAGGAGAAGCUCUUUGACUGCAGCCAGUGCAGGAAAUCCUUCCACUGUAAAGCCUAUGUUCUUGAACAUCAGAGGAUUCACACCCAGGAGAAACCCUAUAAAUGUACCAAAUGUAGGAAAACCUUUAGGUGGAGGUCAAAUUUUACUCGUCAUAUGAGGUUGCACCAGGAGGAAAAAGUUCACAAACAAGAUACAUGUCAAGAAGACUUCAGGCCGAAUCCUAACUACAGUCAGCCCCAGGAUGCCCCCACUGUGGAGCAAACUUUUUUGUGUCAGCCAUGUGGCAAAACUUUUACUCGAGAGAAAACCCUCAUUGAUCAUCAGAGAAUUCAUACAGGUGAGAAACCAUACCGAUGUGGCGAAUGUGGCAAAGAAUUUAUCUAUAAGUCAGCCUUUAUUGUUCAUAAGAAGAAGCAUGCCAUGAAAAGAAAACCUGAGGGUGAGCCAUCUUUUAAGCAGGACAGAGUGUUCCCAGUUCCUCAGAGCAGUCACACGAAAGAGGAGCCCUACAAAUGUAGCCAGUGUGACAGAGCCUUCCGUAAUCACUCAUUCCUCCUCCUGCAUCAGAGAGUUCACACUGGAGAGAAGCCGUAUAAGUGCAGGGAGUGUGGGAAAGCCUUCAGAUGGAGUUCCAAUCUCUACCGACAUCAGAGGCUUCACUCUUUGCAAAAAGAGUAUGAAUGUCAUGAAAUUGAAAAGACUCCAGAUCUGGAGCCGAAAAUCCUCACUGAUGAGAAACCUUUUUGGUGUCAAGAAUGUGGCAAAACCUUUACACGUAAGAGAACUCUUUUAGAUCAUAAGGGAAUACAUAGUGGAGAGAAGCGCUAUAAAUGCGAUCUAUGUGGAAAAUCUUAUGAUAGAAAUCAUCGUCUUGUUAAACAUCAGAGAAUCCACACUAAAGAGAGACCUUUUAAAUGUCAGUGGUGUGAGAAAGACUUUGUUGGGAGACAAGCCCUUUGUAAUCAUCAGAGAAAACACACCAGGGUGGCAAAGUCUGAAUGUAGCCUGCCUGGGUUAUUGUCCUGUCAGGACACAGAGUUGAGUUUACAGGAAUUAAAACCAAUUGAAGAGAAGCCUGUUGAAGAUUGUGAAAAAGCUUGUGACCAGAGCUCCAGGCUCACUGAACUCCAGAACAUACCCACUAAGAAGAAGUGCCACAAAUGUAGCAUUUGUGGAAAAGCUUUUGGCAAGAGUUCCCAACUUAUUAGCCACAAGAGAUUUCAUACUCGAGAAAGGCCCUUCAAAUGCAGCAAGUGUGCGAAGACCUUCAGGUGGUCUUCAAACUUGGCUCGGCACAUGAAAAACCAUAUUAGAGAUUAGCCUAGGACCUGACAAUGACAAUGGGGUAAAUGAUUCCUAGCGACCCUGCUAGGGAACCCUUAAUUAUAGGGAUGGUGGGAAAAACCUCUACAAAGGGCCUAGCCCUUUCUGUUUUGUAAACUAGUGACAGAAUCCUGAGGAUUGAAAAGCUCAGGGAGUCCCCAGCCUACCUGCUGGAAAGUGAUACUGUGGGAAAAACAGCAACAUGUUCUUUGGAGCCCUUCUGAAAACCUGGGCCAGUAGGCGUGGCCUUUGCAUAGUAGCCUGGGGCACCUUCAGCCAGGUCUCCUACCACACCUCUAAAGAGUGAGACCAUUGCCCUUUGUGGUUGGACAAAACGUCUGUGGCAUCGUGAGCUUUGGCUGUUGGAAAGGGGCCAGUUGGAUCCCAAGUUUCUCUUUGAGCUUGGCUUGUGAGGGUGCCUGUUCUGUUGAAUUUGAAAGUAGCAGCAGCAGCAUCAAGAACUCCUAAUCUUCCCGUUUGUCCCCUGUGGAGUCGUGGCCGGGCCUUCAGCCUUCAUAGCUGGCUUUCAUAUGUCUGCGAGGGGUUGAGAGCUGUCUCCAUGGCAGGUGGAGAAUAGGGUGCUGGGCUCGAUUGCUAGGAGUGUGGAGCGCAACUGGUACCCUGUGGCCAUCUCUACCCCACAGGCAUGCAUAGGCAGCAGCGUUCCAUCUGUUCAGCAGAAGUGUGCUAAGCACUUGUGUGUGCCAGAGAACUGACAGUAACCAGAACAGACCAAAACCUUGCCAUCUGGGAACUUUACAGAUGAUAAACCAAUAUAUAGUAUGCUGGAUGGCUAUGUGUUGUGGAGAAAGGAGAGCAGAGGAGACUGGGAGGUGGGUUGUGAUUUUAAAGAGUUUGGUGAAGGAGGGCCUUAACUGAGAAGGUAAAAUUUGAGCAAAGACCUGAAGGAGGUCAGGGAGUGAGCCAUGUGGAUCUUUAUAAAGAGAAUUGCAGGCAGAGGAGGUGGGGUCUUGUUUGGUGUCCUCGGGGAAUAGCAAGGAGGCCCCUGAGAUAGAAUGGAGUGAGCCAACUGGCCAAGGCGGAAAGAGGGCCUGCAAGGUGAAGGGCCAGGCCGUGUGGGCCUGGUGGGUCAUCGCUGGGGCUUGGGCUGCUUCAGAGGGAGGUAGGGAGCUUCCAGACAGUUUCAAGUAGAUAAAUGAUGUGACCUGAAUCUGAAUUACAUUUUACAAAAGUUAACCAUAGACCCAACGACAGUAAAAUAGUAUGGCUGAUUUUUACGUAGUUAUCUCUGCUGCCAGUUUCCAUGAAUGAGACCCUCCCCCGUACCCCAUUUCUGAAUUUCCUGUAAGGUCUUCAGCCCUCAGCAGAUGUAAAUACUUCACCAUUAUUACAUUUACAUCUCUCGCCUCUGCAUACUGUAGGCAGCCUCUCACCUUCACACAGCCCUCUGCCUGUGUAGGAACCUGCUGUUGGCGCGAGGUUCAACCCAAAGGCGCCAGUGCCUCGUGGUGGGGAUGGAAUGACCCCUCACUUGCCCACCCACUUGUUGUGAAGCAAAAGCAAGAGCCGUCUCAAUGCCAUAAAGUAAAGGAGUGUUGUUUCUCAAGUGUUCAUAAGUAAUCAUUGCUUCUGGUAUUGAAGAUUAUACAUGUAAGGGUAAAAUGUUUCACUCAGUGGUAGAGCAGCGUCUCAGACUGCAUUUUACUGCAGUGAGUAGCGCCCACUCACGGAGCACGCCGUUUCUUAUAACGAGAAGAAACCAACCUGGAAACUCUUCUCAGUAGUGUGCAGAGCAAUCUUACCUGCUCAGGAUCGCCUUGGGCAGGUGAAAAUGAAGGCUCUGGUACUGUGUGGUGGUAAACGGGGUGGGCAGAGAGUGGGGCAGGCGUCUCCUGUGGUGUUCUGGUGCCCACUCAGCUCUACUGGGAAGGGUUGUCAUCUUGGCUCUGCCAUCCUCUUGCCUUUUUAUAGCAGCUGCUCAUGGCUUGGAAUCAGGUGUCCCUUCACUGGCAUAGUUCCCCAAACUGGCACUACAGGUUGCUGGGCAGGGGUCAGAGUCCUGUGUGUUUAGGGCCUGGGGUCAUGGGACCCUGGAGUCAUUAGAUCUGGGUUCCAGGCUCGGUGUGCCUUGGACUGGCAGGAUGAUCUAGAGCAAGUUGUUGGACGUCUGCAUCAGUUUCCUCAUGUGUGAAAUUAGAGUAUCUGGCUGUGCUGCCUGCCUCCUGGGAUUGGUGAAAGAGAGCUUGGUUGACUAAAACUCUGGGUUAGAUGGUUGACCUCUAGGACCAGGGCCCUCACAGAGGUCAGUUGGUGCUACAACCACAGAAACCCCUUUCUGUCCACCUUUUCAUCCCCUUAUUCCCUGCGCCACCUGGCACCUUGUAAAGUUCCUGCCCCAAUAAGGUUGGGUUUUUUUCCCCCUGACCAUAUCCUACAUGAAGUAAGAGUGUUUUUACUGCCAUUUUUAUAGAAUGAGGUAUACUUAUUUUAAACAUUCCAAAUUUUAAAAUGUACAAAGAAUGAAAUAAAAAAUAGAAACCCUUCUAUACUGAAGCCAUUCAUAUUUUGGGAUUAUAUUGAUGCAGUCUGUUUAAUAACCUGAGUUUUCAAAUCUUAGUUCUAUAAAUAUUAGGUGAUUAUCAUAGAAAUAUUAGUAAAUACAGAUUAGAUAAAAGGAAAAAAAGGUCAAAAUCUGACUACUUGGUGUUAACUACUAAACAUUUUGGUGUAAUCACUAUUAGAUUUGACUUCAUUGCAUGUACCUCCCUGGACUGUCCUGCCUCCCUUCACCUGGAGUGCCACACUUAUGUCUAUGUUGCUCCAGGUCGUCUGUCUUUAAGGCCUGACCUUGUCUGAUCCUCAUCCCUCUAAGCCCCUUUCCCCUGGCCCCACCUCUCCUGUUGCCUGUAUCUGGCUGUGUUAAGUGUUGUCUGGAUUUCUCUUUAUACCCAUCACUGCAGCCAGACCAAGUGCUCUGCAGGCCAGGGUUGGGUGCUUAUUUAUAUGUUUGCCAUGCAGAGGAGAUUUGGCACAAAAUUACCUGUUACGGGAUCCAGAACCAAAUUUAGUUCAGCUAAGUCAGGGUUGGGGUUUUUUGAAGUGGCACUUGAGUAAAAUAUUGCCUGGAAGCCACCCCACAAGCACACACCUUCUGGUUGGGGACCCAGUGGUAGACGGUUCUGUGUGGCUCCAGCUGACAGUUUCUGAUGGCCCCAGGCACCAGUUCUCAUCUUGUAACCCAAUCUAGCCUGGAGAACAUGCAGGCUUCUUCCUGCUCUGCCCACCCACCUUCACUCCCUUGGAGGAACUGAAGUUGGGGAUGGAAAACACCAGAUGGGCUGGGACAGUCAGAUGGAGGAGUAGGUAUCAGAAGGUCUUUCUGUCACCUGUUCAGCUUGGUCAGCCCCUCCCUUGCUGACAGACUGUUAGAGCAGAGAAGAAGGCAUGGGAAAUGCAAAACAAUGCGGACCAUCUCACACUCAGCAAGUUGGCAAAUAUUUGAAAGCCCAAGUGUGGGCUUCACACUGCUGUGGGAUUGGAAAUUGUGACAAAUACUGUGCCAAGCAAUGUGCAAAAUCUCGUAAAGUUGUGUGUUGUGUACUUUACUGCCCAGCAACUCCACUCCUAGAUAUGUCCUAGAGGAGCUGCAGGUGGACAGAGAAAUGAAUUUAAGACUGUUCAUUGCAGUAUUGUCUUGAUAGCAAGAUUGGGAAAAGCCUGCAUUUUAUCAACAGAAGAACAGAUAAAUAAGUGGGUGGUUUGGGGCACUUUGGAAAGUGAAUAUGAAAGAGAGUUAAAUCUUUCAACACAGAUACAUAAAAACAAUGUUGAGAAAGUUGCAGAAGCUAUAUAUGAUGCAAGGUUUAUGUGAAGUUAAACAUACUGUGUAUCUGUAGGCACAUCAACUUAUUUGUGUUUUGCUUUUUCUGUAAAAUGGGAUAGUAGUGCCAACUCACGGAGUGUUUGCGGGUGGGGGGUAGUUGAUGAAAUAAUGCAUGUAAAAGGCUUAGAUAGUGUCUGGCAUGUAAGUAUUGUUGGCAUAUAAUAGAAAGUGUUUUGCACAAUAAUCUUUCCUGUGGGUUCAAACAGUGUGAAGUAAGUGUAAACUCAUGUAUUGAAAUGAUGUGUGUACAUCGCUGCUCUGCCUUCCCAGGGUGGGAGAUGCUGAUGGAAUUGGGGAGGGAGGGGACCUGGGGCUUCAGUUGUGUUUUCUUUCUAUCUAAAACUUGGUGCAAAUGCAUCAGAAUUUUAAGAUUUAACAGGAUAGUGUGGUGGGUUCUUUUUAACUGUUUGCUUAAAGUAUUUCAAAAUAAAAAUAUUUCUUAAGCAUG